AUGGCCACUGUGCAGGAUUUUCAGCUUGCUGCGCUCGCAGCCGGCUUCACAAUUGGUUUCGGCUUCCUGACGGUAUGGGAGGCGGUCAAGCAGACACGACGGAACCACAGUCCGUUGCGGUCUGCCUACAUCUACAUGGUAUGGGGUGAAAUUCUGGUCAACAUCCUCAUCGGCAUCAUUGGGUGGCUCUUUCUCAAUGAUGUGCUUGGGCCGACCGUGCCAGUUCUAUUCUUCAUCCUGUUCUUCUGGGUCUUCCAGAUCCAGCUGCUCAUGCAAAUCAUCAUCAACCGUAUUGCGCUCAUCGCAGAACACCGCAGUACAAUCCGGUCUUUGAAAUGGGGCACUGUUGUUAUCAUCACUGCCAUAAACAUCGCCGUCUUCUGUAUAUGGAUUCCGUCGCACACCAGCCCGCCUUUCAGCGAGACGUUUGUCAAGAUCAACAACGUGUGGGAUAAGGUUUCCAAGGUCCUCAUCCUCAUUGUCGAUGCAGGACUAAACUGGUACUUCCUCCGAACCGUCAAGAUCCGCCUGGUGAAUCAGCAUGGUUUGACCAAGUAUGCGCCGCUUGUAGGCUUCAACGGCAAGCUCAUGGUCGUCUCCAUCGGCAUGGAUGCCCUCCUCAUCGGCCUCAUGUUCCUCCACAACCAAGUUGUCUACAUCCAGUUCCACCCCGUUGUCUACAUGGUCAAGCUCAACAUUGAAAUGUCCAUGGCCUCUCUCGUCGUCCGCCUCGCCCAGGGCAAACCCCAAAACGACAUGCACCUCGAAGAAUUCAACAGCUCCACCGACCCCGAAUCUAACAGACGCUCCGCUACUGGCCCCCAAUCCCUGCAUCUCACAAACCGCUCCAAGCGCGGUGGCACAAACCUGCGCAGCCCCGGUCUGAGCAAAAUCGACAGCGACGAGAGCCUCGACCUCGGCGGCAUCCAAUGCCGGACUGAACUGCGCAUCACACACGAGGAUAGGAAGGAUAUCAGCGAGCGGAGGGACUUUGCAGAAAACAGCUCGCGAAGUAGCAACGAGGCGCCGGCGUCGAGCGUAUUCGGAGACGAGACCCCGUUGCACAAGCAGGGGUUUAGGACCCAGGAAAAGGGCUCGUCAUGA